GGGGCCUCCUAGUUCAGCCCCCUGAAUCUCCUUCCUUCCGCAGAUGCCGAUAAAAGGAUCAAGGUUUCCAACCCGGUGGUGGAGAUGGAUGGCGACGAGAUGACCCGCAUCAUUUGGGCUUUCAUCAAGGAGAAGUUGAUCCUGCCCAACGUGGAUGUCCAGCUGAAGUACUUUGACCUGGGCCUGCCCCACCGGGACCAGACCGACGACCAAGUCACCAUCGACUCUGCCCUGGCCACUCAGAAGUACAGUGUGGCCGUCAAGUGCGCCACCAUCACCCCCGACGAGGCACGAGUGGAAGAGUUCAAGCUGAAGAAGAUGUGGAAGAGCCCUAACGGCACCAUCAGGAACAUCCUGGGCGGGACCGUCUUCAGAGAGCCAAUCAUCUGCAAGAACAUCCCUCGCCUGGUCCCAGGUUGGAGGAAGCCGAUCACCAUUGGCAGACACGCCCAUGGCGACCAGUACAAAGCCACAGACUUUGUUGUGGACAGGCCUGGGGCCUUUAAGAUGGUGUUCACCCCCAAGGAUGGCAGCGGAGUGAAGGAGUGGGAGGUGUACAACUUCCCUGGUGGGGGUGUCGGCAUGGGAAUGUACAAUACUGACGAGUCCAUUGCAGGCUUUGCGCACAGCUGCUUCCAGUAUGCCAUCCAGAAGAAGUGGCCGCUGUACAUGAGCACCAAGAACACCAUCCUCAAGGCCUAUGACGGGCGCUUCAAGGACAUCUUCCAGGAGAUCUUUGACAAGCAUUACAAGACCGACUUUGACAAGCUGCGGAUCUGGUACGAGCACCGGCUGAUCGAUGACAUGGUGGCCCAGGUGCUGAAGUCAGUGGGGGGCUUUGUCUGGGCUUGCAAGAACUACGACGGGGACGUCCAGUCCGAUAUUUUGGCCCAAGGAUUUGGCUCGCUGGGCCUGAUGACUUCUGUGCUUGUCUGCCCGGACGGAAAGACCAUUGAAGCAGAGGCUGCCCACGGCACAGUCACUCGCCAUUACCGGGAGCACCAGAAGGGCAACCCCACCAGCACCAACCCCAUCGCCAGCAUCUUUGCCUGGACCCGGGGCCUGGAGCACAGAGGCAAACUGGACAGCAAUCCUGAUCUCAUGAAGUUUGCCCAAACCCUGGAGAAGGUCUGCGUUCAGACGGUGGAGUCAGGGUCCAUGACCAAGGACUUGGCCGGCUGCAUCCAUGGACUGAGCAACGUGAAGCUGAACGAGCACUUUGUGAACACCACAGACUUCCUGGACGCCAUCAAGAACAACCUGGACAAAGCCCUGGGCAAGCAGUAGGGGGCACACUCCCAGCGUGUGCAGGGCAGGGGGGGCACGACAGAGGAAGGCCAUUUACCUCAUUCUGAACAGAACCAGCUCUGGCUGCUGCCGCUCUGACCUUCGACCAGGAAAACAUUAGUUUUGGUCGUUUUUAAAAACCCAUCGUUGCUGUCCCAAGAAGACCCCUCCCCAUACACGCCUCUUGCUGCUACUGACAAGGGAAGGGGGGGCUCAGGGCUGGCUGCCCCAAUUGCUGGACAGUGAUGAAGGGGAUGGUUUUGUGCUGUAAUUUAUGUACUGUCUGUUGGGCCCUGUGGUAGCCAUUAAAAACUAGUCCUCAUGC